AUGUUGCUGAUGGCUAGCUCUGUGUUUGGGCUGCUUGUGGCUGCAAGGGCGGCGACCAUCUCGCCGAUCGUCUUCUCUGGAACUCCGAAUCCGCAGCUGGUCAUCGAAGAGGCCGCAUUGACGAAUCUGCAACACCACCUUCGAGGUUGCAGCAGUGCCGGAUCAUUGCUCGGCCGCACCAAUGUGACUGUGGGCUAUCGGGGCUUCUGGGUUGAGGGUGCUGGCAAUAACAGCUUCGUCGUGCGUGGCUGCCAGCCCGCAGAGAGACUACUGCUGUCGAUUCUGCAGCCGAGCAUUUCGAAGACAGUGGCCAACUACAUCCGGGACGAGAUAGCUCGAGACCACACUGGCGAAUUGGACCUGCCAGACAUGGAGGUCGCCGUGGAGACUGCUGCAAACUGCUCGCACCAGGUUGGCCCAGACACAGUCCCAACGUACAACCCCAGCGUGGACGACCACGGCUGCUUCGUCAGCCACCAAUCACAGAACAACUGCUACAACUAUGGUACAGACAUCUCCACGGAUACCUUCGCCCAGCCCGGCCGAGGGUCUGGGCACAAGUGGAAAGCCAACACCUGCGAUGCCAUCCGGGCUGCUGCAGAGAGUGACGGCCUGCAGUGGCAGGGGACGGAGCUGCCUAAGGGACCGCCGGAGACCGGGCACUACGUGGCCCUGUUCAUCUGGCCAGACACGAAUUUCCACUGGGUCCGCAUGGACAAGACUGGCCUCUGGAGCCACAAGCCCGGCGGCACGCCUGUGCGGAACACAGACAACAACGGACAACAGAUUCGCGACCCCUCGAAGUCGGAUUUCUCACCGUGGUCGCAAUUCUGUGGCUACAUGCAUGUGGUCCCAUCCGUCGUGCAGAAAAGCGUGGGCGGCGCCGCUUCCGUUUUGAUCGUGUAG